AUGGUUAAUUAUUACGAAGUCUUAGGACUGCAUCAAAAUGCCUCACAAGAAGAUAUCAAGAAGGCCUAUCGAAAGCUGGCACUGAAGUGGCAUCCUGACAAGAACCCUUAUAACAAGGAAGAAGCAGAAAAAAAAUUCAAGGCAGUGGCAGAGGCUUAUGAAAUUCUAUCAGAUCCCCAGAAACGAUCCCUCUAUGACAGGCCUGUCAAAGAACCAAGAUACCGAGGGAGAGGAGCUUCCGGAGGUCAUACCCAUAGCCCAUUUGACUUUGACUUUGUAUUUCGCAGUCCUGAGGAGAUCUUCAGGGAGUUUUUUGGUGGAAUGGACAUCUUUGCCCAUGACUUCUGGGACAACCAAUUUGACGAAGACAAUAAUGCAAUGGAAACCAGAAGUGGGCCCCUGGGUCUCUUCUCUGGACUUAGUGCCUUUACCAACUUUGGAUUUAAUUCACUCGGACCUGGUAUGCACACAAUGUUCUCCUGCAGGUCUUUUGGCGAUGACAGUAGCGGAACACAUAACUUCCGAUCAGUGUCAACUUCUACUGAAAUGGUCAAUGGAAGGCGAAUCACCACGCGAAAAAUUGUUGAGAAUGGUCAAGAAAGAGUUGAAAUUGAGGAGGACGGACAGCUGAAGUCCAUACGAGUAAAUGGAAGGGAACAACUGAAAUGCUAG